UGUUAUCGGGGAGGCAGUGAGUGAGAUCAUUGAAACAGCUCCCCUCUCACACACAGCGUUACUACCCCUAGAGGUGUGUACAUUCUAAAUCACCUGCGAACUGCAACAAUAAUGCAGCAUGAGUCGCGCAACAUGAAUCGCCAGCAGGACGCCAAGGGAGUAAUCUUGACCGGGUAUUUUAGCAAUAGUGAAGUUUCACCUCCCGCCUCAGUUGUCAAUAAUGCCGAAGAGAUCGAGUCUUCAUCGUUGAGUCGCAGGACAGGCCUCUACAGUGUCCAGAGCCGGCCCAAAAAUGCCUCAGGAAAGCCCCCACACCACUGCUGUAACUCCCGGGACUCACUGGACGAGCUGUUCAUGGAUGAAUACUGGACAGAGGUGGAGAACAUCACCCUUAGCGGCGAGGGAAAGGGGGAUGCAGAGCCACAGGACGUGGUGCAGCUGAAGUUGCCGGAUGCUUACGAGGCCACUUGAUGCAAUUGCCUCUUCUGCCUAACGAGGGGGAACAGGAGAAGGCAUGGCUGACUGAGGCAGGGCUGGCCCCUCUGUUUGACGAGUCGGCGUCGGACCCCGAGGACAUGAUGGGGCUGUUGUUCACACUGACGCGCACACAGGCUGCCGCCGUAGAGAAACGUUUUGAAACCAUCAGGAAGAGGAGCAAGCAGCACCACAUACCUGACGUCAGAGACAUCUUCAAACUCCCAGGCACACUGGAGUCAAAGGAGGAUGACGCAAAGUCAACAGAGAGAAGUGAAAACAGAAAAAUGAAUAUUACGACACAUGGUCAGGUGGUGGGGCAGGGGAAUGGGGCUGGCCCUUCUGAGCAGAGUGUGUCUGAACCUGAGACUGACAUCAACCUAGAGCUGUCCUUCUCUGAUCAGGCCCUCAGCUAUAAGGAGGACUCAAAGACCAGCAGUGAGGCUCUGACGGACACAGACGAUACGCUACCUAACUUCAAGCUAAGCAGAGACAAGACUGGGCUGACCAAGAUGGGGGACCUGUCCCCUCAGGAUAUGAAGAAGGUGCACCGCCUGGUACUGAUAGAGAUGACCGCUCUGUUUGACACGGCAGGCAUCGACCUCAAGGCCCACAAAGCAGUCAAACUCAAGGUCAAAGAGUCUGGCCUGUUUGGAGUUCCCCUGGCCACCCUAUUGGAGCAGGACCAGAGGAGACAGCCAGGGACCAAGGUGCCAAUCAUACUGCAGAGGCUGAUCUUUCACAUAGAGGAGGAAGGUCUGGACACAGAGUGGCUUCUACGGAUACCCGGAUCAGCCACAAGAGUCAAGGCGGUUCAUGUGGAGCUGGAGGGGAAGUUCUAUGAGGGCCUGUUCUCAUGGGAGAGUCUGAAGCAGCACGAUGCAGCCAGCCUGCUCAAGCUCUUCAUCAGGGAGCUGCCCCACCCACUGCUCACUGUGGAGUACCUCAUUGCUUUCAUGGCAGUGCUCAAACUGCCCACUAAGACGCAACAGCUGCAGGCUCUCAACUUAGUGGUUCUGCUACUUCCAGAGUCCAGCCGUGAUGUACUGAAGGCGCUGAUGGAGUUCCUUCAGAGGGUCAUAGACCACAAAGAGCAGAACAAGAUGACCUUGAACAACGUUGCCGUGGUGAUGGCUCCAAACAUAUUCAUGUUUAAAGGCUUCCGCAACAAGAUCAGUAUGCAGCAGGAAUUAUCCAUGGCCACAGAGACCGCCAACAUCGUCCGACUGCUCAUCCGAUACCAAAACCUGCUCUGGACGAUUCCUAAAUUCAUAAUGAACCAAGUCAGGAAACAAAACACGGAGAACCAGAAGAAAAUUAGCAAAGAGCGUGCCAUGAGGAAACUCUUAAAGAAGAUUGCUUAUGACCGAGAGAAACCCGAAAAACAGAAGAAACCCCCCUCAGAGGCGGACAGUAGUUCUCAGGGCUUCAUCAGGGUCCAGGCCCCUCAGUUCUCUAAGGUCUCCAUGGCUGUCCAGUUGACUGAAGAGCUGCAGGCGUUUGACGUCCUCAGUCACUUCCUCAGCCAGAAGAGCUCUGUGUCUGUGAAGAGAGAAGACCUGUGCCUUUAUGAAAUAGGGGGCAAUAUCAAGGAGCGCUGUCUGGAUGAGGAUACCUAUAUGAAAGACCUGUUGGAGCUGAACCCCAGUGCAAAGUGGGUCAUCAAGUGGGUCAUCCAGAGAUGGGAUACUCACACCCUGCCAGCCAUGUCUUAAAUGUCCAAUGCAGCCAUUUUUCUCUCAAUAUCAAAUAAUUUCUGGGUAACAAAUAAAGUACCUUACUGUGAUUGUUUUCUAUUAAAAUGGUAAAAAUGAAACAAAAAUAGCUUAUUUGCAAAGGGCAAUUUCUGAGGCAUGAAUUUUGAUAGGACUGUCGGGUCUGAGUGAGGGGCCUGAUUGCACGAGCCUAAUGGGAGGGAUAUGUAACCUGAUAACUAGCUGUUAUUGGCAGAGAGGUCGCUAGGCAGGCCUCACUCCAUCCCACUGAAACAGGCUGAAAUUUCAGGCGGUCUUUUCAAACGGCUCUUGCACUAAAAGGGCAUUAUCAUAAUUUUUACAAUUUCACAGACUUUUUCCAACCUCAUAGUGUGGAAAUAUACAUUCACUGUCCAGUUUAUUAGGUACACCCAUCUAGUACCUUCCAGAAAAGCCUGAAUUCUUUGUGGCGUGGUUUCUACAAAGUGUGGCGUUCAAAUAUUUCUCAAUUGGUAUCAUGGGUCCUAAUGUGUGCCAGGAAAACAUUCACCACACCAUUACACCACUGGCACCAGCCUGUACCUUUGACACCAGACAGGAUUGGUCCAUGGACUUAUGCUGCUAAUGCUAAAUCCUGAUUCUGCCAUCAGCAUGACGCAACCGGAACUGGGAUUCGUCAGAGCAGGCAAUGUUUUUCCACUCCUCAAUUGUCCACUGAAACCACUUUAUGUUUUUAGCUGAUAGGCGUGGAACCUGAUGUGGUCGUCUGCUGCAAUAGCCCAUCCGUGACAAUGAUCGACGAGUUGUGAGUUCCGAGAUGGCGUUCUGCACACCACUAUUGUACUGUGCUGUUAUUUGCCUAUUUGUGGCCUGCCUGCUUGCGUGAUUCUUGCCAUUCUCCUUCUCCAUUCUCCUCUCUCAUCAACGAGCUGUUUUUUGCCCAUAGGACUGCCGCUGACUGGAUGUUUUUUCGCAUCAUUCUUGGUAAUCCAUAGACACUGUCGUGCGUGAAAAGCCCAGGAGGCCGGCCAUUUCUGAGAUACUGGAAUCGGUGCGCCUGACACCGAUGAUCAUACCAUGCUCAAAGUCCCUUAGCUCACAAAUUUUUACUUACUGUUUGGGAUAAAGCACUCCCCUGAUUGACAUGUAUGCUACUGGAAGUCCAACUGCCAAGAGCUUGAGGAGUUGAGGAGAGCCACUGAACUAUAAUCUGUGGUGGUAUUGAUCAAUACAGUAAAUGCCCCAAACCAAGAAAACAACAGUUGAGGAAACAGUAUAUUGUGAUGGAUUGCUCUAAAAAUGACGACAAUGUUUUUACAUUCAAUGAUAGACAUAAUUUAAACACUAAUAGGAUUUUCUUUACUCUGCAGCUUAUUCUCCAUUGUAAGAUAACUAAAAUGUAGCAUACAGGCCUCCCCAAACUACCAGGGUCAAUUCUUUUCUAUUUCAGUUUUAGUCAAUUCAGGAAGUACACUGACAUCCCAAUUCUCUUCAAUGCUUUUCAAUUGGGAAAAAUUGGGAUUGGAAUAUGGUUUACUUUCUUAAUUGACUAGAAUUUAAAUGGAAUUGACCUCAACCCUGCUAGCUAAAAUUGUGUUCAUAUGAAUAUGUGUUGGGUAGAUAUGUUGGGUAGAACCGGUUCUCAAGCUGUGGUCCUUAGCUAGCAUUCCAGGUCGCUUCCUAAUAACAUUAACAUCUGUAGUUCUCAAAAGGUACUUUCGAUGGAGGGAUCAGUUUUGAAUAAUGCAAUGUAUGUCCGAUCAUUUCAAUUUAGAAAACAUGAAUAACAUUAUUUCAGAUAUGUACUGUAUUUUAUACACUCUACCUGCCCUUAUGUUGUUCUUGAUACUGUGAAUAUGACUUGAAAGAUGUUCCAUUUGAUGUUGAAUACUGUAUGUUAUACUGCUUCUGAAAUGACCACUAAACCUUUUGUAAAUAAAUGUGUAAUUGCUCCUA